AUGCCGAAUAUUGUGGUCGUCGGUGCGGGUGUGUCCGGUCUCACAACAGCCUAUCUGCUAUCGAAGCAGGAAGGAAAUGUCAUAACUGUCGUAGCGAAACAUAUGCCAGGCGACUAUGACAUAGAGUAUGCGUCACCAUGGGCUGGCGCGAACGUUCUACCCAUGGCAACCGAGAAGCACAGCUCAUGGGAGCGUCGCACGUGGCCGGAGAUCAAGAGGCUCGCUACCGAGGUGCCCGAGGCCGGAAUACACUUGCUGAAAUCUCGCGUUUACCGCCGCGAGAAGGACAUUGAGCAAAUUAGGAAGAAAGGUUACAAUUUCGACGGGCUCUUCGAGGAGAACCCCUGGUACAAGACGUUGUUCGACGACUUUCGAGAGCUCUCCAAGGAUGAACUCCCCAAAGGCAUGGCGUCGGGCUGCGAGUUCGGGUCCGCAUGCAUAAACGUCAUGCUGUACCUACCGUGGCUUUUGGGGAAAUGCCGGGCGAAUGGCGUUGUAUUCCGGCGCGGCCAGCUGAAGCACAUUUCGGAAGCUGCGUCCCUGAGCCACACGGGCGAGAAGGCCGACGUCGUAAUCAACACGACGGGGCUAAGCGCUUCCAAGCUUGGCGGGGUGAUGGACAAGAACCUAGUGCCGGUCCGCGGCCAGAUCGUCGUCGUCAGGAACGAGGCGCCGUACAUGCUGACGAAAUCCGGGACCGACGACGCCGCCGACGAACUCUGCUACAUAAUGAUGCGGGCGGCGGGCGGCGGCACGAUCCUCGGCGGGACUUACCAGAAAGGUCACUGGGAAAGCCAGCCGGACCCGAAUAUCGCGAUGAGGAUCAUGCGGCGGGCGGUGGAGAUGAUGCCGGAGCUUGUGGACGGGAAGGGAGUUGAUGAGUUGGAUAUUAUCCGCCAUGGGGUUGGUCUCCGGCCUUAUAGGGAGGGAGGUGUCAGGAUUGAAAAGGAGAGGAUUGGCGAUACGUGGGUUGUUCAUAAUUACGGACAUGCUGGCUGGGGAUAUCAAGGAUCGUAUGGUUGUGCAGAAGACGCGGCGGGACUUGUAAAUGAAAUCCUUGGCCGUUCUUGA